CACUUCCGGCGACUGAUCGCAGCGGAUACUUAGAUUUCUGCAGUUGCGGCUGCGGUUGGCUGGCGUACGCUGCAAGCGGAUAGAGUUUGGCUCAGGCUGGGGGCAGCGGGGAGGGCAACCGCUUCCAUUACCGGCCGGGAGCCUUGGGAAGUAGGACCUGGAACUGAGUGUCUGUCAAUCAUGGAUCAGGACGACCCAGCCGAAGCGUUGACUGAGCUACGCGAGAAGCGGCUGGGCUUGCUGGAGAUAGUGCAAGCGGCGGCAGGCUCGGGAUUGGCCGUCUAUACUAUAUGGGCGCUGCUGCUGCAGCCGGGCUUCCGCCGGGUGCCUCUGAGGCUGCAGGUGCCCUACGUUGGCGCGAGUGCCCGGCAGGUUGAGAACGUGCUGUCACUGUUGCGAGGCCGCCCUGGAAAAAUGGUGGAUCUAGGCUCUGGUGAUGGCAGGAUCGUGCUGGCGGCCCACCAAUGUGGUCUCCGUCCAGCUAUGGGAUAUGAGCUGAACCCGUGGCUUGUGGGACUUGCACGGCUGCAUGCCUGGAGAGCCGGUUGUUCUGCGAGUGUCUGCUACCAUCGAAAAGAUCUCUGGAAGGUGAGCCUCAGGGACUGUCACAACGUGUCUGUGUUCCUGGCUCCCAGUGUGCUCCAACUGCUGGAGGACAAACUGCAAGCAGAGCUCCCUGUGGGGGCCCGUGUGGUAUCUGGACGAUUCCCCCUUCCCACCUGGCAGCCUGUAGCUGUGGUGGGCGAGGGCACUGACAGAGUUUGGGCCUAUGAUGUCCAUGGUUCUGGGCCAACUGUGUCUUCUUGUGGGGUGCCCAUCAAGGCCAUCCCAGAGUCCAGUUCUACCUUAGUCCCUAGAGCCCCUGUUUGACAAACUGGCUGACUGGAUAAAAUAAAGACUCUGUGGGUUCAAUCCUGA